AUGGACGACACCGGUAUCAACGAGGAGGUGCCGUUCGCGUUGGACCGAGUGACGAGCAGGAUGGAACGGAAUUCGGAGGAGUAUCGCGGCGAGCCGCCGAAGAACGAGGUAGGAUCGAGCGGGUGCGAUCGCGUCGCUAAGAAUUCCCGUAACGAGAGCAACGACGAGGAUUACGCGCGUUCGCCGGUGUUGCUCGACCUCGACGAGAACUCCAAGCAACAGCAGCAGAAGGCGGCGCGUCGCGAAGCGAGCUCGCCGAAUGCUGCGCCCGCGGUGCAGGAUCAACGCUUGCAGGAUCAACUGAUUGCGGGUGCGCCAGACGAAACCACGUCGGCGGCGCGGCCUCUGAGAGGCGGCAGAUGGCGAGAGACGGGCUACGAAUCGGCGCGUCAACAGAAUCCCGAGGGAGUGCUCGUGAUCAGAGUGCCGGAGCCGGAAAUAAUCGGCAGCCACUCGCAGCUCGAGAUGCUCCACGAGACCAAUAUCAAGUCGGUGCAGCAGGAGCCGUCGCAGACUGAGAAAGGUGCGGCAAUAUCAAAUUGCGCGUCGCCUGACUACAAGAAGUCGGCGUGCGACCGUGAGCGCACGAGAAUGCGCGACAUGAAUCGCGCAUUCGAGAUGCUGCGAUCGAAGUUACCGAUCUGCAAGCCGCCCGGCAAGAAGCUCUCCAAGAUCGAGUCGCUGCGCCACGCCAUCACGUACAUAAGACACCUGCAGAGUCUGUUGGAGCCGCAAUACGGUUACACGAUGCCCACCGUGCCCGGCGAGCGAUCUGCAGGUGCCGGCGGCGGUGGAGGAGGCGGUGCUGGCGGUGGCGGUGGCUACUAUGCGACCGCUCCACCAGCUCCGCCGACACCCUACGAGGUGCAACAUCCUGGCCGAUGGGAGUCCCUGGCGUACUACCGAUACGAUUACCACGCGCCGCCCUUCGCCACCCCGUCGCCGCCGACUCUGGUGCCACCCCCGAGGUUGCCGAUCGACCAGGACGACCGACAGUUUCCUUAUGAGACGAGACAUUAG